AGUGAAGCAAAAACAUAUGACGUAACCCGGAAGUAUCUAGUAACGCCGAUGUAGUGUCGUUUCGUGAUGAUCAAGUUUGCAAUCAAGUAAAAAGAUAUUAGAUCGAGGAUAAUAUCAACAUUUAUGACUUAUUAUACAAAGAUGAAGCAGGCGUUAAUAUUUUUGGUCGCGUUUUCCAUUUUGGAGCCUGGUUCCUGCUGGAAUGACGGAGCUAGUGUUUUGUUGCGGGACAUCCAGGUCUUGACUCUGUAUAGGGGCCGUUACACCACAGGCCGCAGGACCAGCCCAGUGCCUCAGCUCCAGUGUGUGGGGGGCUCUGCUGGGUGUCACACCUUCACUCCAGAGGUGGUCCAGUGCCAGAACAAGGGCUGGGACGGGGUCGAUGUACAGUGGGAGUGUAAAACAGACAUGGAUAAUGCAUAUCGUUUUGGGCGUGUUGAGGUUAGCUGUGAGGGCUACAAUCACCCAUCUGACCCAUACGUCCUGGUUGGCUCCUGUGGUCUGGAGUACACUCUGGAGCUGACGGAAGAGGGGCGCAGGAGGAGCCAGGGCGGGUGGGGGUCCCAACGGGGGUCUGGAGGAUUUGGAGGUUUUGCUUCCAGUUUCUUCAAUGGUUUCUCUGGUCAUAAGUCACAAUCUCCUCCACGUCAGAGCUCCUUUCCCUCGGGUGGAGAUGACUCUUCAGGGUUGUUGGGGGUGGCGCUGCUGCUGUUGAUCGCGUUUGGUCUAUACAAACUGUUCCUCAGCGGAAACACAGUGAACCAGGGACCAGAGCCCAGAGAGACCCACCACGGCGCUGCCUCUGGCCCCCCUCCUCCCGGAUUUAAGCCUGACUACACCUCCACAGGUUAUCCCGGAGCAAACCCAGGCUAUGGCUUCCACAGUGACUACACGCAGGGCCAGUAUCCAUACACCGAGGGGCGCUCUACUCGCAACACUGGGACUGGAGGGGGAGGCUUUUGGAGAGGGAUGGGAGCUGGUGGGCUGCUGGGCUAUAUAUUUGGCCGCCAGAGGUCCCAGCCUUAUCAGACUCGUGGAUAUUACAGCCACACGGACAGUUACUCCAGACCCUCCUCCUCCACACACUCCUCUGCCUCCUCUGGCACCAGAACUGCUUCAGGGUUUGGAGGUACUAAAAGAAGAUAGAUGUUGUAUAUCUGUUUUUUCUUUGCAACAUUUUGAGAACUUUACUUGUACUAAAGGCUAUACAAAAUUACUUCAUGGAAAACAGCUUUGCAGUGAACAGCCUCCAUGUUUAUUGAGCUGGCAGUGUGUAACUUUCUGGAGGUGGCAUGUCACCUGCAUGAUUCUAUGGGAAUAGAAAGUGAAAACCACAUACUUUGGAAUAUUCUCCAAAGAUACGUAGAUACAUUUUUUCAUAUUAUGGAAUUUUCUAGCCAAAGGAACCACAUUUCUAUGGAAACAAGCAGGUAGGCCAUAUAACAGUCAGGUUUGUGGAGGUGCAAGCCAGAGUUUGUUUUUCAGUGCAGAGCCAAAAUGGAAAAAAACAAAAAACAAAAACAAAACAUGCUUUCAUUUUAGUCAUUUUUUGGACUAAAAAGUGACAUACUCUGGCUGUGAAUGUUUUCACUUGAGAUGCAUAAAAAUACUCUUAGUCAAUGUUUUAACAUUGUGUAAAUACAUACUGAUCACUCGUUAUGACAUUAUAUAAACCUUACUGAUAUCUCUUCGUCUUUUUGACAACUUUGCUGUGAAAAGCCUUUUAUAUUUGGACAUAGUAUAGUUAUUACUGUAUUGUAAGAGUGAACAUAAUAUAAAAAUGGAUUCAUGUGUAUUUGCAAUGCUUUUGUGAAGGCUUAGAAUAAAUAAGUACAUUGUUAA